AUGACCAAAUUCCGGGAGGCGGUGACCUUCAAGGAUGUGGCCGUGACCUUCACGGAGGAAGAGCUGGGGCUGCUGGACUCCACCCAGAGGAAGCUGUACCGAGAGGUGAUGCUGGAGAACUUCCGGAACCUGCUCUCAGUGGGGCACCAGUCCUCCAAGCCAGAUAUGAUAUCCCAGUUGGAGAGAGAGGAAAAACUUUGGAUGACGGAGGUCCAGACUCAGAGAGGUGGGCAUUCAGGAGCCAGGAAUCACAAUGAGAUGGAGACUCUUCAUGAAACAGGAGUCAGAUUCCUUUCAUUGGGAGAGCUUUCAUGCUGGCACAUCAAGAGACACAUUGUGAGCAAAUUAACCAAAAGUCAGGACUCCAUGAUAAGUAUUCACGGAAAGAAUUCUCAGUCCCCCAAACAACAUAAUUCCCCUGCAGGAGUGUCCAUUCAGGCUUCUGUGGAAGACAGCUGUUUAAUGACUCUUCUAGAGGAUCAUUCUAAUGUUAUUGAAAAUCAAGAAUUUCCAACUGGGAGAGCUCAGAAUUCCUGGAAUAAAUUCUAUCUGAAUGGGACUCAGAAUUAUCAGAGAAGUUGUAAGCUGACUCCAGUGAAAAACAAGUUCUGUAUAUUUGUUCCAUGUGCUGAUAUUUUCAGUUGUAUCUCCCCCCACCUCGAUGAUGACACGGUGUACAAAAGAGAGAAAGCUCACGGCAACAGAGAGUGUGGUAGAGAUCUCUUAAAGGCAUCACCUCUGGCCCCGUGCAGUAUCAUUCAAACUGGACCGAAAACCUACCAGUGUAACGAACGUGAGAAAGGAUUCAGUGACCACACCAGCCUUGAACUUCAUCAGCAGGUACACUUGGGCAGGAAGUCCCCUACGUACAGGACACAUGAGAAGGGCAGCGGUUAUAGCUCAGCUAGUCGCAUUCAACAGGGUGUCCUCCCAGGGAAGAAACGCUAUUGGUGUCACGAGUGCGGGAAGGGCUUCAGUCAGAGCUCAAACCUGCAGACUCACCAGAGAGUCCACACGGGGGAGAAGCCCUAUUCAUGCCAUGAGUGCGGGAAGAGCUUUAAUCAGACCUCACACCUGUAUGCCCACCUGCCCAUUCACACCGGAGAGAAGCCCUACAGAUGCGAGAGCUGCGGGAAGGGCUUCAGUCGUAGCACAGACCUCAACAUCCACUGCAGAGUCCACACGGGAGAGAAACCGUAUAAGUGUGAGGUGUGCGGGAAGGGCUUCACCCAGAGGUCCCACCUUCAGGCCCACGAAAGAAUCCACACUGGAGAGAAACCAUACAAGUGUGCAGAUUGUGGGAAACGCUUCAGCUGUAGCUCAAAUCUGCACACGCACCAGCGCGUCCACACUGAGGAGAAACCCUACAGGUGUGAGGAGUGCGGCAAGUGCUUCAGCCUGAGCUUCAACCUUCACAGUCACCAGCGCGUCCACACGGGAGAGAAACCCUACAAAUGUGAGGAGUGUGGGAAGGGUUUUAGUUCGGCCUCAAGCUUCCAGAGCCACCAGAGGGUUCACACAGGAGAGAAGCCGUUUCGAUGCAGUGUGUGUGGGAAGGGCUUCAGCCAGAGUUCCUAUUUCCAAGCCCAUCAGAGAGUCCACACUGGAGAAAAACCCUACAAGUGUGAGGUAUGUGGGAAGCGCUUCAAUUGGAGCCUGAAUCUUCACAACCAUCAGAGGGUCCACACAGGAGAGAAACCCUAUAAAUGCGAGGAGUGCGGGAAGGGCUUCAGUCAGGCCUCGAAUCUUCAAGCUCAUCAGAGUGUCCACGCGGGGGAAAAGCCCUUCAAAUGUGAUGCAUGUCAAAAGCGAUUCAGUCAGGCCUCCCAUCUUCAAGCCCAUCAGAGAGUCCACACGGGAGAGAAACCAUAUAAAUGUGAUACAUGUGGUAAGGCCUUCAGCCAGAGGUCGAAUCUCCAAGUCCAUCAGAUAAUUCACACUGGAGAGAAACCGUUCAAAUGCGAGGAGUGUGGGAAAGAAUUCAGCUGGAGUGCCGGGCUCAGUGCUCAUCAGAGGGUCCACACAGGAGAGAAACCCUAUACGUGUCAGCAGUGCGGUAAGGGCUUCAGCCAGGCCUCACAUUUCCACACCCAUCAGAGGGUCCACACUGGAGAGAGGCCUUACAUAUGUGAUAUAUGUUGCAAGGGCUUCAGCCAGAGGUCACAUCUUGUUUACCAUCAGAGGGUCCACACUGGAGGGAACCUGUAG